AAUUUUGUUUCUGGAGAAACGGAGCAGGAUGGCCAGCAGAGGCGCUAAUUACACUGUAGACGCCUCCAGGAUCAGAUGGAUGGAUGAUUGUGGCAGAUCCACAUCUGUGCUGAUAAACCCGCUGAUCUAAUCCGGGACACGCAUGACGCUUUAUUCUAUAACACCGGGAGUUUGGCUGCUUUGUGUGAAGUGAGUAGUGACCAGUAGCGCCAGUGUCGGAGUUUUCCACGGCCGUGGCACCGACUGGCCAUGCUGCGGGAACAGGGCGGAUCUUAGGACCCGAGCUUUCAUUCCUCGUCGAAUAACAAAAAGUUACGGCGUGCUGUCGACGUGUGUGCCAAAGUGUUUGUGGUCAGCCCUUCGCUGCUGCUGCUGCGCUCCCGUUGCAGUGGUGCAGCAGCAGUCAGCUGCAGGGCUGCGUGUGUGUUCGUGUGCGCGAUCUGCCGCUGGGUGUCUGCACUACUCUGUGGCUGCACUGUAAACACAACGAGGCGAGCGCAGGCUGAUCCGCCCGUGCUUUCCGGAAACGAUGGCGCAAAACACGGGACACACCUCGGGUCAGCAGCCACACGCCUAGCAGCCCGACGAGGAGCCCGUGUGUGAACAAAAGGCAGCGGAGAGAGCGACUCAAGCGGGCACCGCGCGUCCGAGCGGGACGACCCUCUGAAUCCGGGGCUCGAGCACGCACCAGCGCUCUUUCUUUUUUGUGGCGCCGCUGAGACCCUGAACGUUGCACGCUGGCCACAUUGAUGCUGGUGGGCCUGUUCCUCUCCCUGCCACCUGCUUCUCCACAGCUCCCACUUCCUGAGCCAUCAUGGCUAUGAGCAGUGACGCUGGCUGUGAGAGGCUGGACCCGAACUCUUCUACGCCGACCAGCGGUCUCACAGACAUCAUGGCCGCCAUGACAACAAAAGACUCGGACGGCUCAGCCGCCAGCGGCGCGAAGAACGGCGCGUCCCAGCAGGAUGUGGCUCAGGCCAAGCGGCCUCUUCCAUCGCGGCCUCACCUGACUGGGAGGAAGCUGUCUUUGCAGGAGAGGACGCACAUCUCCCCUCGCAGGCCCACCGUGGAGAGCAAACGGGUGUCCAUAUCAGACUCCCAGGUGAGAAUCUUCCUAAUAUGUUAUUUCAGCUUCAGUGUGAAUAUGUGACAGCAGCACCAGUGU